AUGUCUUUUACAAAGAAAAAGAGAUAUGAUGAGUCAUAUUUGAACUUCAGUUUCACUGUGCUUACUGGUGGUAGAAUAGAAAAACAACAGUGUGUUCUAUGCGCUGAGGUAUUGGCAGCGUUUUCACUGAAGCCCAGCAGGCUAAAGAGGCAUUUGGAAACAAAACAUUCCAGUGCAGUCAACAAAGACGAGGAACUUUUCAGAUCUCAAGCUGACAGAUUGGUCAAAUCCAGGCUUGAUGACACAGGAAUGUGUAUGCAGGACGUUGUAGCUGGUCUGAAACUCACGUACGAGGUUUCAAGGAAAAUUGCUGCUACAAAAAAACCUCAUAACAUUGGAGGGCAUUUAAUUCUUCCUUACUGCAAAAAUAUAAUCUUACUUGUGCUUGGAAUGUCUGAACUAUAG